UAAUCAAAAGAUUUUGCAAAAUUAAAUUUUGUAUUGAAAUUCAAUUGUUAUGUAUUCUUUCCUUCAUCGCAUUAACGCAGCAAUGGCAAAUAAUGAAGCAGAUAAAACCAACAGCUUAAAAUCAAACCAAAAGAACCCAGUUUUUGAUACGCUUGAUCGGGUACAAAUUAAUCGUAUAAUUAUGAACUAUUUAACCAUGGAAGGUUUUAAGGAAGCAGCAGAAAAAUUUCGUAUUGAAUCUGGAGUUGAGCCUGAUCAUUCAUUAGAACAACUAGAUUAUCGCAUUUACAUUCGUGAUGCAGUUCAAAAUGGAAAAAUAGAUGAAGCAAUUGAUCUUACUAAUGCUUUAAACCCAGAGAUUCUUGACAAUCAACCAUCUCUUUAUUUUCAUUUACAACAGCAAAAGUUAAUUGAGUUGAUUAGAGAAAAAAAUUUAGAAGGAGCUCUAAUUUUUUCUCAAAAUGUUCUUGCUGAACUUUGUAUGGAAAAAGAAGAAUUUUUAGAUGAUUUAGAAAAAACCAUGACACUUCUUGCAUAUGAGGACACAGGUAAAUGCCCAUAUGGAGAGCUUUUAAGUUUUUCUCAGCGUCAAAAAGUAGCAAGUGAGUUGAAUGCUGUCAUUCUUGAUACCAAUCAUCAAGAAACGCUUCCAAAAAUUGCUGGCAUUCUUAAAUUAUUGCUAUGGAGUCAAAAUGAACUGGAUAAAAAAAAAGUUAAGUACCCACAAAUGACAGAUAUUGUUAACUGUACUUUAAAAAAUAUAGAUGAUGAGAAAAAUCCUGCAACUACACUUGCAUUAUGAGUUUGAUAGAUUUAUGAUUUGAAAUUUUUUAUGUUUUGCUUAUGUAAUUUUUAAUAAAAAUUGUCAUUUGUAUUCUAAUUACUUAAGUUAUGAAUUUUGAAAAAAAUUUCAUGUUUUA